AAGAAAAAAAACUACAGAAGAAGACGGAGAGCGGAAGUUGCAUCAAAUGUUGUCAUGGCGUCUCACAUGUAAAUCAGCGAGAAUCUAAAAUUUGAUAAACAUUGUAUCAGUACUUCCUAAGGUUGAAGUGAGUUAACUGUCUCUCCAACUACCCGGACCAAAACAAUGAGCACUCAGUACAGCAUUCUGUUCAAGCAAGAACAUGCACAUGACGAUGCCAUCUGGACAGCAGCGUGGGGUAAAAGUGAAGCUGAUGGCUCAGAAACCAUCGUGACUGGUUCCCUAGAUGAUAUGGUGAAAGUCUGGAAAUGGUCGGAUGAGAAGUUGGAGCUGCAGUGGACUCUGGAGGGCCACCAGCUGGGUGUGGUGUCAGUUGACAUCAGUCACAACGGAGCCAUCGCCGCCUCCAGCUCCCUCGACGCACACAUCCGUCUGUGGGACCUGGAGUCAGGAAAACAGAUUAAAUCUAUGGAUGCUGGACCAGUUGAUGCAUGGACGGUCGCCUUCUCCCCAGACUCUAAAUACAUCGCCACAGGAAGCCAUCUCGGCAAAGUCAACAUCUUCGGUGUGGAAAGCGGCAAGAAGGAAUACUCUCUGGACACUCGAGGAAAAUUCAUCCUCAGUAUAGCUUAUAGCCCUGACGGGAAGUAUUUGGCCAGUGGAGCCAUCGAUGGAAUCAUCAACAUCUUUGACAUCGCCACUGGAAAACUACUCCACACACUGGAAGGUCACGCUAUGCCCAUCAGAUCCCUCACCUUCUCUCCAGACUCCCAGCUCCUGGUCACAGCCUCUGACGAUGGCUAUAUUAAAAUAUAUGAUGUGCAACAUGCCAACCUGGCUGGCACACUGAGCGGACACGGAUCUUGGGUUCUUAAUGUCGCCUUCUCUCCAGACGACACACACUUUGUCUCAAGCUCGUCUGAUAAGAGUGUGAAGGUUUGGGACGCCAGCUCCAGGGCAUGUAUCAACACUUUCUUCGACCAUCAAGACCAGGUGUGGAGUGUAAAGUACAACAGCAACGGCUCAAAGAUCAUCUCGGCUGGAGACGACCGAGCCAUCCACAUCUACGACUGCCCCAUGUGAUGGAGGACGUCCAGGACAGACUGCAGGAGAACAUCUCCACAGCUGGAGGCUCAAAUCAUGGAGUUGAAGUCGGUUCUUUGGUGAGGGAGGGGCAGGGUUCAAGCUGUAGAUGUGAUGGAUUAUUUUGCACUGGCCGAGUACGGUCAAAUUAAAGGGUUGUUUUUGUA